UUGUGCAUCACUCGGGCACGUUUUCAGGCUGCUGUUUGCGCCACAUCCUCAACGCUAAACGGCCCGAGUGAGCUGUGCAUGUGUGUAGAUUAACGUGUAUGUUGUGCUCCCGGAAGAGGCAGCAGGUGGAGCGCUAGAAUAAGUGUACGGUUCAUUGUCUGCAGGGCACAGCUGAGCACUCAACACUGCCAUGUUGUUCUGCGCAUACCCCAUCAGCAGGGGGACGGAAGUGUUUAUUUCUAACAUCACGGAUGAGAAAGAAGCAGACUGCCAAACAGAGGAAGACUGAGGACACUCCAGUUGUACAGGAGUUUGUGGUAGAAACAAUAAUUCGCCGCAGAAUCUUUAACGGGAGAGUGGAGUACUUCCUGAAGUGGAAAGGUUUCACUGAUGCAGAAAACACAUGGGAACCUGAGGACAAUCUGGACUGCCCUGAACUCAUUCAAGAGUUCCUGAGAAACACUAAUUUCUUUGAGGGGAAUGAGGAAGAUCAAACCGAGCAAGAGUUAAUUCCUAAAGAAGAAAUGACAGAGCAGGAGACGGAAAUUUCCUGCAUGCAGUCUCCGCAGCAGGCUCUCACUGUGCAGAGCAACAGCGAGCCAAAUGACACGCAGGCAGACAGCCCCGCGAACCUCAGCACUUACCUCGAGCCUGAAUGCAUCAUCGGCUCGACAGACAGACAGGGAGAGCUUAUGUUCCUCGUCAAAUGGAAGAACUCCGACGAUGUGGCCCUGCUGCCGGCCCGCGAAGCCAGCGCCAGGUGUCCCCAGGUGGUCAUCAACUUCUAUGAGCAGAAGCUGACCUGGCACUGCGGCGACGAGGAGCAGUGAAAUGUGUACGUGCGUUGUGUACAGAGGCGAACUGAUAAACAGCUGUGCUCUCGCCCGAAGCUUAGUUUAACCUCCAUUGAGUGUCCUCCUUCAGCUGACUUUAAAAGCACACGGUGUGAAAUUGCGCUGCAGGUAGAAUCCCAGAUUCUGGCAGGUGCGAAAUCCUCAGCUGGAUGGGCUUUAAGUCCUCUCGGCCCCGUGGGGCUCAAUGAGGUCCGUGUGCCUUUUGAGGAGACGACUGCGAUGGGGACUACAACUAACCUUUGUGUAGAGCAGCUGAUUUGAGAUCAGACUAACCCGUAGCAGCUUUGGUAAGCGGACUCGAUCACUGUGGACAUGCGUUGUGUUUUUGUUGCAGUGUUGUAAUUUAGUAUUUGAAGUCCUGUUUAGCUACAUCUUGAUUGUUUGGUGUGUGCUUUAUAUAGUUUAUUAUAACUGCUGUCCAAUCCUUUCCUCCAUGUAGAGCUGAAAACCUGUUGUUCUAAUGUUUGUUUUGUGUCUGCUGUUUAUAGCCACAGUUUUACUGUCUCUCUAUGACCCUUGUGGUUGAUGUGGAAUAUUUAAAUAAAUGUCCAAAUCUUUCUAAUCCGCUGUUAAGUACCAAAUAGUAUCUUCUACUCUGUAUUGACUUAUAACAAGAAUAUGAUUGAGUUUUAAAAAAAAUGUUAUCUGGUGCGUACACAAAGUCCUGGCACAAUGAAUCACAUUUUCUGGAAAGAAAAUCUAAAAUAAAUCAAGUGAGAUUGAAACAAAAACUUGUGUGCACCUGGCAUGGCUAAUAAGUUGUUGAAUGUAGCACUUUAGACAUGAGACUGUCCAAUUACUGUACAAAGAGCAUCGUCUACAGGUCCGUGUUCACUAAGCCUGUAUGUUGAUGACACUGUCCUGACUCCACAUCUCUCCCCUGACUGUUAUGGGACCCGUAAACCUCCUAAAAACACGCCUACUACUGAAUACCUGUAACUGUUGACCGUAGAUCUGUGAAGUCUCUGUGAAUAAAGGAAACUUUUCUCUCGUU